AUGGGGGAUCUCACAGACGCCACUGAUGGUACAAUUAUGACAGAGAUGUUGUUUCUCUUUGGGGUGAAGCAACCAAGGAUUGCUGAUAAACAAUUCAGGGAAAGUGGAGAGAUGUGUGCUGUAUUAAUAACUACUAGUCAUGAUUUAGAGUCUGAAUUGCUUCCCAAAGUGGUGGCUGUGAGAUCUAACCCAGAACGCAGGUGGAUAAUUAUAUGGCCUGAAAAGGAUGAAAGUGAAAGGGCUGCUGAACCCUUAAUUGUGGGUGACAUGUCUACUCCGGCCAGUGGAGAUCCCUCCGCGACUGGGGGAGAAGGUAGUCAAUCUCGGGGCAUUGAAGAAAAAUUAGGUAACCAAUUAGAGGUCAUAGCUGAUAAGGUAGUACAUCAAUUGGAAAGGUGGCAUUAUGAAGGUAGUUACAGGCGAUUACGGCUUUUUUCAGGGAUACUUCCUGUGCCUACUGGCGAGGAACCUUAUGAGGCCUGGAGGGAGGCAGCGAUACAGCAGUCUGAGGAGUGGCAUUGCCCCGAUCAUAUAAAGAAACAAAGGAUAGUAGAGAGUUUACGGGGACCCGCUAUGGGAAUUAUUCAAGCUACUAGGAAAAGUAAUCCUGGGGCUGCUGUGGCUGACUACUUUCAGGCCUUAGAAUAUACAUAUGGGACAUUGGAGGAUGUAGGUGAUUUAGUUGCCAGAUUCCAUCAUACUUAUCAGGAGAUAGGAGAGAAGUUAUCGCAGUAUGUAUAUAGAUUGGAUAAAUUAAUUCAUAAAAUCGUAGAUAAAGGAGGGUUAGCUCCCGCUGAAAUAGAUAGUAACCGCUUGAAACAAUUAAUUAGGGGAGCAUUAACAACUGACCCUGUAGCUCAGCGGUUGCGCUGUACAACUUUAUUAUUAGGGAGUCCCACCCACCCUUAA